AUGGACUGUCCUUUCGUGGCGCACUGCAAUUUUGGUUGCAAUUCCAGAUUUGCUUCUGUUAGUAAUUCAGCGUGCGCUCAGAAGAACAGCCCUUCUGCGUUUUUUCUUCACCAGAAGUUUCCAGCUACGCGUAGAAAAUGUCUUGGCUUGUUAUCUGUCGGACCCCCUAAAAGGGGUUCGUUUAAAACGACAGUGUCUGCUGUUUCCUCGGUUGAAACGAGGGAAGGCGAGGAUCUUAAGAAGGAUGAGGAAAAGAAAAGGCAGUCUAAGAAAUCGAGUGGUUACUACAAGGUGAAGGUGAAUAUCAGGCUCGAUCACCAAGUCGAAUUCGGUGAACACGUGGCCAUUUUGGGCUCCGUGAAGGAAUUGGGUUCAUGGAAGAACAGAGUCAUGAUGGCUUGGACCGAAAAUGGGUGGGUUUGUGAUUUGGAGCUAACAGGAAGCCAAGACCCAAUCGAGUUUAAAUUCGUGAUAGUUGGAAAAGACAAGGAGGGAUUAACAUGGGAAAGCGGCGAUAAUCGUGUUCUGAAAUUCCCGGGUAAAGGGAGUUUCAAUGUUGUCUGUAAAUGGAACAAUACUAGUGAAGAGGUGGUUUUAUUUCCGCUGGAGCAGGUGAAAGACAAGGAAUUUGAAGUCGAGACACGAGAAAGUGGAAAUGGGAAUAUUGUGUUAGAUGAAGCUGUUACCACUAGUGCUUUUGUCGAGCAAUGGCAAGGGAAAGAUGUCACGUUCGUUCGUUCAAAGGAUGGUUUUGAUGCAGAAAAGAGUAGAAAAUGGGAUACUUCGGGCCUUGAAGGGAUUUCUUUGAAGUUAGUGGAAGGUGAUCGUGAUGCUCGAAAUUGGUGGAGGAAGCUUGAAGUUGUUCGACAACUUGUGGUUGAAAACAUCGAUGACGAUAAGCGUCUGGAAGCUCUCACGUAUUCCGCAAUUUAUCUGAAGUGGAUAAACACGGGUCAGAUUCCUUGCUUUGAAGAUGGAGGCCAUCAUCGGCCAAACAGGCAUGCUGAGAUUUCCAGGCUUAUAUUUCGCGAAUUAGAAAGAAUUUCCAGCGAGAAAGAAACUUCACUUCAGGAAAAACUUGUCAUCCGCAAGAUUCAUCCUUGCUUACCAUCUUUCAAGGCUGAGUUUACAGCAUCUGUACCUUUAACAAGAAUUCGAGAUAUUGCUCACAGGAAUGAUAUCCCUCACGACCUUAAGCAAGAAAUUAAGCAUACAAUACAAAACAAACUUCAUAGAAAUGCUGGCCCUGAGGAUUUAGUUGCUACAGAAGCAAUGCUUGCAAGAAUUACGAAAAAUCCUGGAGAAUACAGUGAAGCUUUUGUCGAGCAGUUCAAGAUAUUUCAUGGAGAGCUGAAAGAUUUCUUCAAUGCUGGAAGUCUGGAAGAACAUCUGGAAUCUAUCAGAGAUUCUGUGGAUUCAAAUUCAACAGCCAUAUCUCUGUUUUUAGAAUCAAAGCAGAUACUAGAUAACACGGACAGUAGCAGUAAUAUUUCAGAAAGUGAACUAAUAAGUAUGUUGAUGAGAACAAUGCAAGCUCUGGAUACACUUCGCCAAGAAAUCGCAAAGGGUCUCGAAAGUGGACUCCGAAAUGAUGCUCCUGAUGCUGCAAUAGCUAUGCGCCAAAAGUGGAGGCUUAGUGAGGUUGGACUUGAAGACUAUGCAUUUGUACUCUUAAGCAGGUUUCUUAAUGCACUUGAAGCUGUUGGAGGAGCCCACUGGCUAGCUAAGAAUGCAGAACAAAAGAAUGUUGACUCUUGGGGUGAUCCACUUGGCGCUCUAAUCAUCGGCAUUCAUCAGUUGGGCCUAUCGGGCUGGAAGCCCGAAGAGUGCAGAGUGAUCGGUAAAGAACUCAUGGCAUGGCAAGAUAGAGGUCUUCAAGAAACCGAAGGCAGUGAAGAUGGUACGAGAAUAUGGGGAUUAAGACUUAAAGCUACACUUGAUAGAGCCAAGAGACUGACUGAAGAAUAUUCCGAGGCGCUUCUUCAUAUAUUCCCUCAAAAAGUUGAGAUAUUAGGAAAAGCUUUUGGGAUUCCUGAAAAUGCCGUGAGGACGUACACUGAAGCUGAGAUUCGUGCGAGUGUGAUCUUUCAAGUUUCAAAACUUUGCACGCUUCUCGUGAAGGCUGUUAGGAAGGUACUAGGAUCUGACGGUUGGGAUGUACUUGUGCCGGGAAAUGCUUUUGGAACCCUCGUCCAGGUGGAGAAUAUCAUUCCGGGCUUGUUACCAUCCUCUGUAAUAGGGCCGGUUGUUCUAGUCGUGAGCAAAGCUGAUGGAGAUGAAGAGGUAGCUGCUGCUGGAGCCAACAUUGUUGGAGUUGUACUCUUGCAGGAGCUUCCUCAUUUGUCUCAUCUCGGUGUUAGAGCUCGACAGGAAAAGGUUGUAUUUGUUACUUGUGAAGAUGACGAGAAGGUCUCGGAUAUGAAAACACUGAGUGGAAAAUUCGUUAGAUUGCAAGCAUCGUCGACAGGUGUCAGCUUAACGCCAGCUUCAACACAGAGCAACAACAGCAACAUUUCACCGGAAAACCAAACAACUGCAAAUUCAACCAACUUCGAACGAAACAGCACAAUUCCAAUUGUUACCAAAACCUCUGAACUUAAUGAGAUCGUAUCAAGCAAUGGUGUCAUAUUGCUUGAGAAUGCCGACCUACAAACCUCGGGUGCAAAAGCCACAGCCUGUGCUCGUUUGGCUUCUUUGUCUAUCGAGUCCAAGAAAGCAUACAACGAACAAGGAGUCCCGGCCUCAUUCAAAGUCCCAACCGGCAUCGUCCUACCGUUCGGCCGUUUUUCGGGAGGGGGUGGGGAGGAGGCUGGGGUCGGUGGGUAUGUUCUUGGAGGGGAAGUUCGGAGGGCCGCAGGACGUUGA